CUUCUGCACGUCACACAUCUUCAAGAUGGCAGCCAAAAUCGAAAUGCGACCACCAUUCUUUAUCCGCCUUGCUCACUAAUCUCAUUUCUCAAUCUCAAUGCCAGCUCCGAUCUUCUGGCUGCACGUGUACACACUUUUCUCUUAGUUUACUUGAGCCUACACAUCCAAUUCUUCCAACAGUCUCAAAAUGGAGUUGAAUAUCCGUGGAAUAUCAAAAAAUCAUGUUGUCCAGUGUGGUAUCGAUGAUCAAUUAGUGCAGAUUAAGGAAAAAAUUGCUACCCUUGAAAAGAUUCCAAGUGAGCUUCUAUCCUUGUACUGUUGUGGCACACCGUUGGUGGAUGAUCAAGCUGUUUCCAGUCUCAGCAACUUAAGCAUAGAUGUAACAGUUCCUUUACUUGGAGGUAAGGUCCACGGAUCUUUAGCUCGUGCCGGUAAAGUCAAGGGUCAGACUCCAAAAGUUGAAAAGCAAGAAAAGAAGAAGAAGAAGACAGGGCGUGCCAAAAGGCGAUGCCAGUACAACAAGCGAUUUGUCAACACAGUUCAAACAUUCGGGCGAAGGAGAGGACCCAAUGCAAAUUCUUAAACCCUUCGGUUUGUUUAUUGUGUUUUCAAUAUUUUUGGUUUAUACAAAGUUUCUAAUGUGAUGAAUUUUGUUCAUAAAAUAAAUUGAUUCAAAUUCAA